UCUUGGUACUAAUCUUGCAUCUCAAAGAAAACAAAAAACUAGAACGUUAUCGAUCAUUAGUUGCAUAUACGUGAAUAAAUCGAUAAUGGCAGAACAAACAUACUUGGAAUCCAAAGAAGAUGUUCCGGAAAUUGCUCCCUUUGAUCCUACAAAGAAAAAGAAGAAGAAAAAGGUGGUAAUCCAAGAUAUUGAGGAAGAUGAUCACAUAUCUGAAAAGAUAGAUAACCUAUCAAUUGCUGAUGGAGUAGAAAAUGCAUUUGCUGGUAUGAAAAAGAAGAAGAAAAAAUCGGUUGGAACUGAUUUGAUGAAUGAUGGAAGUUCUCAUUCAGGAGCAGGUGCUGGCAGCGAGUAUGUAGAAGAUAUUAGCAAUCCGCAACCAAAGUUACCAUGGGAAGGAACUGAUCGAGAUUAUUACUAUGAGGAACUUUUAACUAGAGUUUUUCAUACUUUAAGAGAGAACAACCCUGAACUAGCUGGAGAUAGGAGAAGAACAGUCAUAAGACCUCCACAAGUUCUUCGAGAAGGCACAAAAAAGACGGUUUUUGUCAACUUUAUGGAUCUAUGCCGCACAAUGCAUAGGCAACCAGAUCAUGUUAUGACUUUCUUACUGGCUGAAAUGGGAACAAGUGGUUCCCUUGAUGGUCAACAGAGAUUAGUCGUCAAGGGUCGAUUUGCUCCUAAGAACUUUGAAGGAAUCCUCCGAAGAUACAUAAAUGAAUAUGUGAUAUGCAAUGGCUGCAGAAGUCCUGAUACAAUACUUUCAAAGGAGAAUCGUCUCUUCUUCUUAAGAUGUGAGCAGUGUGGUUCCGGGCGGUCAGUUGCCCCUAUUAAGGCUGGUUUUGUUGCACUGGUAGGGCGUCGGAAAGCCGGGUCAUAAUGU